GAUAUUAUUCGCCGUUAUCGGGGUGGUGGAGUGCCUCACACGACGUUUGAUGAAUUCCCCAAAAAAGUGGCGAUUCAGUUGAAUGACACCCAUCCUUCUCUUGCCAUCCCAGAACUGAUGCGCAUACUUGUGGAUCUUGAAGGCUUGAGUUGGAAGAAAGCUUGGGAAAUCAGUUACAACACCUUUGCAUACACGAAUCAUACCAUCCUGCCUGAGGCACUCGAGCGUUGGCCCGUUUCACUUUUGGAGCACAUCCUUCCACGACACUUGCAAAUCAUUUUCCAGAUCAAUGCAGAAUUCCUGGAG